AUGUUGGACGCGACGCGGCCUUUCGUCGCCGAACGCGAUUCAUCAAGCUUGUCGAGCUCGACCUCAUCCUCGCGCAGCGGUGGUGGACAAGACUCGGACCUCUCACCCAACCCGAAUCAAUGGAUGCAUCCUCAAGACCGGUAUCGAUCCGAGGAGAAGGCGUUCUUGCACCAAAAGGAGGGCUACUCCGCUGAAAAUGGGUCGUGGGGGACGACGACUCGCUCAACCUCGUCCUCGACUCCGCCAACGGUGUUUUCAGCUCGUCCACCGAGUUCAACACUAGCGCUCUUGACCAAGCUACCACGAACCUUUCCCCUGGGACUUGUUGCGCUACUAUCGCUCCUCUACCUGAUGCUCUCAUCGUGGCUGUCGUCGAUCACGACCGAACUCUCCUCCGUCUCCAACCCCGCCACAUGGGAAAGUUCAGAAUCCUUCGAUCCGAUCCCCAAUUCUUCAUGGUCCCACUUCGACCCUAUCGAUCCCGUUGUCCGAGCUGCCAGUCAGAAAUUCCGAGGUCGUCACUCCGACGACGGCGUUUAUGUCUCGUGGAAAGGAAUCCGAUACGCUCAGGCCCCGACGGGCGAACUUCGCUUUCGGACAGCGACACCGGUGAAACCUACGACGCGACCCGUCAAGGAGAAGGAAUGGGAUGCGGUUGAAAUUCAGGACGCGUAUGAUCCGGGACAAGGCUGCCCGAGGUGGAUCAAGAACCCGAGAAGGGAAGGUGUCUGGGAAGGCGAAGAGGAUUGCCUCAAACUUCACAUCUUUGCUCCGGCCGGUCAAGAGCCCGGCAAGUUGCUACCGGUGAUGUUUUGGAUUCACGGAGGUGGCCUGGCUAGCGGAUCGUCGCUUCUUCCACGAUACGACUACGCCUCCUUGAUGAAGCGCAGCGUGGAGAUGAAGGAGCCCAUUAUCAUUGUCACGUUCAACUAUCGACUCGGAUCACUCGGCUUUUCUUCAACCACGGCCGCCCUGAAAGCGGGCAGUUCAUCCCGAGGAAGAAACCGCGCGGUCGACCAGGCCCUGGACUUGAAUGUUGGGUUCAAAGACCAGCUCGCGGCGCUCGACUGGGUCAAACGACACAUCGAGAGUUUUGGCGGCGAUCGUAAAAAGGUAACAACCCACUUGCCGUUCUGCGAACAACCGAGCAGUCAGCACGUAUGGAGUAGGCAUUUCUGAUUCGGCGCGGAUGUCUUCCGUCUCGCAGAUCACCAUGGCCGGACAUAGCGCUGGUGCCAUCGCUGUUGGACUCCAUCAACUGUAUACCCCUGGCUCGUUCCGUGGAGGUGAGCUUGUGCCGAUCCUCAGCAUCGCUGCUAGGACAUCGACUGACCUUGAUUUCUGUGGACCAGCUUUCAUGUUGUCAGGCUCGCCAACUUCGUGAGUUGACGGGCUUUAUUUCGUCCAGCAGCGCGUGAUUGACGAGGUGCCCUCCCCGGCUUCCUUUCAGAUUCCCCGUACCAUGGCCUCACGAAGCUGCAAGGCGCUCGACGCACACCUUGGAGGAAGCGGCAGGAUGUCCCAAAGCCGCGCCCGGAAACAGAGGUAGCACAUACGAACUCAAUCUCAUCAAGUGCCUCCGCCAACUCCCGCUCGAUUCCCUGAUGCGCUCGACCAUCGGUCUGCAGCGGUAUCAGUUCCCUUGGUACCCUGUGGUGGAGAGCAAUUUCAAAGACGCUUGGUUGACACGGAAACCGAGUGAGAUGAUGGCGAGCGUGAGGUCGAGGCGCGUGCCGUUCAUUACGGGGACGGUGUUAGACGAGGGGACCAAGUGAGUCGCGGAUGUGGUUUUUUCCCCGGCUGUACAAGACGUUAGUUGAAGUUGUGAGAGGAUAUUAGAUUUACGGACGCCGGUAUGGAGUCGGAAGCGAGCAUCGAGAAUGCGCUGCGCAGUAAGUGAUCAGGCCGAUUGGGCAUGUCAAUGCAGUGGUACCCACCUGCUCACCUUGUGAUUACAACGAACCAGGGUCUUUUGCUUGGGUGUUCGACAACGUGCAAGACAGCCUUCUCUCUCGACUGUGGGAGCUAUACCCCGACGUACUGCGCCAGGGUUCACCCUACAACACCGAUCAUGAAACAUUCGGCCUCGCACCCGCGUACAAACGCGCAGCGUCCAUAUUAGGCGACCUCUUCUUCCGAGCCCCAAAGCUGUUCUUUCUCGAUGAGAUGAGAGACGUCGCGUCGACUAUUACCGCGAGCGGCAAGCAGUCGAUGUGGAAUUACCUCUAUUCAUAUCAGUCGCCUAUUGCAUUUGAUCCCAAGGCCGGCAGUGAGUGAACGUCAGGUGGCAUAUUCGUGUCCGAAGCUCACCGCGCUGAGCUGCCGAGGCACCACCGUGCAGUCUCCCAUGGUGCCGAUCUCCCGGACUGGUUCGGCAAGCCGAGACCCAAGGAUCCCAAUGCCGAUCAGAUCGCAAGGAUCAUGUCGGCCUACCUCAUGUGAGUCCGUCUCGAUCUUUCCGUCGACUGAGCGCCACAUCCUGAGCCACCGAUUUCCAACUCUCUUCCCGCAGUAACUUCGUCGCCCAUCUCGACCCAAAUGGCGUGGAUCGUAAGUUCGCACACGCAAAUCCAGUAAAGUGCGCUUCACCCCCAUCUGACUGGUAUUCUUCUUCUACCCCUACAGUCCCCCCCUGGCCUCGCUUCAGCAAAAAAGGCGAAACGCUCCACUUCACCAAAGCCGGUCGAGCGAUCGUCGGCCGCGACAUCGAGCGCCAACCCGCGAUCGACUUCCUCAAUGAGAACAAUGACUUUUUCGCACGAUGA